ACAGCACUCGCCAGCACAUUGCAGCAGCACACCGAAGCACGCUUUAGUGAGAGCGGUUACUGAGGGUUCUGACAAGGCUCUGUGCAGAGCGGGGUACGGGUGUGCAGGUUAACAAGCAGAUGCCCAGUGUGAUUCAGGUCUCAGAUGCCGUUGUGUGCACUAUGAGCUGUCAUCCCUGGUCCCGCCUGGUCCACCAGCGCUCCCUCUCUCUCUCUUCCCUCUUCACGGCCAGCCCUCCCCAGGGAGACAGCCCCCAGACCCCCACACAGAGCUGCGGUAACGAGCCCGAGCAGAAGGUGAGCCGGGAGACCCAUUUCCUCAGUAAGGAGAAGCUGAAACAGCAGCACAGGGACCUGGACGUUCUCCUCUCCAAAGUGACAGCAGCAGGAUACAAAAAGAAUUCCUCAAAAAUGUUCAACGUCACGAAGGAGCAGGCUCCUGAGCCAGAGGCAGUGCCGGGACCCUGUGACAGUGCGGAGCGGCAAGGGGGCAGUGACGACAGCGAUGAGGAUAACUGCGCUGAGGACCUCUUGCCUUCUUCCUGGGACAACCUCUCCAUCUUAGAACGCCUCAGGCUCAACAGUGUCCAGCUGACAGAAGAAGAGAUAGAGUCUGCCUUCACUCACCUGUCCCUGGCGUUCAAGUGUGACCAGUACACUCUGAGGAAGAGGCUGCAGGCAGAGGAGCGGGCGAGAGAAGUCACUGAGGAGAACAUUCACCGCGAGCUGGAGGAAGGGAGAGCCACACUGCAGACUCUGAAGGCUCUGUGUCUGGACAGCAAGAGAAACGAGAUCAUACAGCAGCUGGAGCAGAGCCUGGAGAUCCUGGCCAACACCAUUAAGCGCAUCGCCAGCACAGCCGAGCUGCUAGGGGCCGUGCAUCAGGAGGCGAGGGUGAGCCACGCGGUGGAGUUGAUGAUCCUCCACGUGGAGAAUCUAAAACAGCAUCACGUGCAAGAACUCUCCGAGCUAGAGGAGAUGAAGAGGCUGGUUCAGAGGAACUCCCGCACCCGGAAGUUCAGCGAACCUCAGGGUGAAAGCAACAUGCGUCAAAAACUGCAGCACCUGAGAUCAACCCAGCAGCACAGCUCCCGCAGGAGAGUGAGCAUCGCCGUCAUCCCCAAGCAGAUGCAGCAUUUCCACAGCUCAGAAUCGAGAGGCUCCGACAAUGGGAGAGCCAGCGUGGAUUCAGAUUCAGUACAAGCCACGGUGGAUAACGGGCGUGUCAGUCACAGGUGUACUCAGUUCCCGACGGAAGGAUCCCAGGACAGCGGUCCCCCCCAGCCACCCCUCGAGCCCCUACCAGCCACGGGACGUCCCGGCAACAGCAGGGAAAUGGAGGGGGGCGGGAUGUGUUUCAACAGCAGCUGCCCGGAGGCUUUGCGAAAGAAAAAGAAGAGCCGAGAGAUUGUGGAGACGCUGCAAGCAGAGCCGGAGAGAGAGAAUACGGAGGACGAUUUCAGCGGCGUCACAGAAACGUGUGCACGCUCCCGGAGCCUGCUCCCAGCUCUCCUCUCCAGGCUCCUGCCCUCCCCCUGGCUCCUGCUCUGGCUGCUCCUCGUGAUGCUCUCCUGCGUGUUGCUCUGGGGCGUCCUCUCCUGCCAGCUACGGGCCCCCAUCUUCGGGCCCUGAGUAUGAGGGCACAGCCCCCCCCCCCCCACUCACAGCAGCCUCUGUGCGCCACUUGAAAUGGAAAAACAUUGUUUCACAGCUGGGGAUUUCCUUGGACGUUGCUUAGAAAACCGAACCCAAUCCAUUCCAUUUUUAUAUAGCGCCCUUCACAGCAUGGCAUCCCAGAACACUGUGUAAAACCGAGACAAGAGAGUUCAUGUGUACAAGCACGGUCAAAAAAACAUUUCUCAAUUUAGACUCCAAUCCAGUGCUUCAACCUGCCAACUGGAGUCCCACAAACGAGGAGCACAACAGCAAAAAAUAUCUGAUGUUUUGGACUUUCUUUAUUAAGAAAAGGAAUAGAGUCUGUAGUUCUUGGAGAAAGGACGUCCCUAAUCCAAGUUAUUAAGACAAUUCAAAUCAAUUCUGUAGCUUACUGGUAACCAGUGGAAGGAUCCCAGCACUGGAGUGACGUGGAGAAAGACGAGUGUGGGAAAGCAGUUCUGGCAGCUGCGUUCUGGUUUAGUUUCUGAGUUUAGUGACGGGCAUGCCAAUAAACAAGGACUAGACACUGAGAUGUCAUUUUACAAGCGCUCCCUAGGAGACAGCAGAGCCAGGCCAGCCUACAUUACAGUACAUCUUUAGAUGGGUGGUGUGAUUUUUCCUUUGCCGCUGCUGUAAAUAAAAAUUCCUGAUUAUAGUGAAUUGCUGUAGCUCCACAUUAAAAUAUCAACUGAGCAUCCUUUUUAAAUACAGUUUGAAAAAGUACCUUUUGAUACAUUUGUCUUGUGACACAUUUGAAUGUAGAAGCAGGUACUUCCCUUCCAGUAGUUCAGCAUUAGUCAUCCAGGGCUGUUGAGCAGUCAUGUGAGUGGGAGGAGCACUGUAUCCCUGAGCCAGGUAAAAUGGGGCAAUUCUGGACCAGAGGAAUUCAUUAACUCCAAGCAGGGUUCCCAGUCCUGGUCCAGAGGAAUUCAUUAACUCCAAGCAGGGU